CAGGAGCUGCCCUGGCCUCACUCAGCCAAUAUGGAGGAGGUGGCUGGGAAAGCCCCCUGUGAACACUUUGAGGCCAAUGUGCUUGCCCAGAGCUGCUGUCAAAACUGCUUCCACCCUGAGGAGGCCCACAGAGCAAGGCACCAGGAGCCCGGGAGCCCUGUAAGUGCUGAGGUGCCCUACUGCGACCUGCCCCGCCGCCCACCUGCCUCUGAGGACCUGCUCGGUGCCUCGACCGUCGGCUGCCAGUCCGUGGUGGGCCCGGGCCUUGGGCCGGGGCCGGAGAGGUGCCCUGCAGGUCUCCCUGCAGAGGGCCCCACCGCCGCCCCCCAGAACGGGAGCCGGGAACCAGAGGCAGUGCCCUAUCUGGAGGGCCUGGCCUCCUCCCUGUGUGGCAGCUUCGACGAGGGCCCUGACUCUGGCACCAGCUCCAGCGCUGACUGCGGCGCCCCUGAUGAGACCAGCAACCCGUCCUCCACGGACUGGGACCCUGUCAAGAGGCGGGAGGAGGCCCCCAGCAGGGACGAGCUCACCGUGAUGAUCCCGCGGAAGCCGCAGGAGGGGCCAAGAGCUGACAGUGCCCGACGGGUUCCCUCGGUCCUCACCCGGUCCCCUGUGGGAGGAGACGCUGCAGGCCAGAGAAAGGAGGACACCGGCGGUGGGAGCCGAAGCGCCGGACAGCACUGGGCGAAGCUCCGGGGAGAAAGCAGGUACUUCUCCGUGGAGCGGCACCAGUCAGCGCUAAACCAGGCCACCUCCGCGACACCGCAGAGCGGACCUCGAAGUGCCACCUCCCAGGCUUCCUCUCUCCAUUGCUCUGCCCAAAAGGAUGUUGCCCAGGCUGCUUCCACACCACCCGAUACCCCCCGAGCCUCCUCUCCCCCAAGAAUCACCCAACGGGACAACCCCAGAACCUCGUCCACCCAACGGGACACCCCCAGGAGCUCUUCUACACAGCGGAACACCCCCAGAGCGUCCUCUCCCUCAAGAGUCACCCAGCGGGACAACCCUAGAACCUCGUCCACCCAACGAAACGAUCCUCGAGUUUCCUCUCCCCCCAGAGCAACCGAACAAGACAACUCCAGAAUCUCUUCUACCCAACAAGACAAACCUCAAACUUCUUUUCCUACGUGUACUCCCCAACAGGACAACCCCAGAGCCUCCUCUCCCAACCGAGCCACCCAGUGGGAAAACUCCAGAACACCCUGUGCCCAGCGGGACAACCCCAGAGCUUCCUCUCCCAACCGAGCCACCCAACGGGAAAACUCCAGAACAUCCUGUGCCCAACGGGACAACCCCAGAGCCUCCUCUCCCAACCGAGCAGCCUCCUCUCCCAACCGAGCCACCCAAUGGGAAAACUCCAGAACAUCCUGUGCCCAACGGGACAAUCCCAGAGCCUCCUCUCCCAACCGAGCCACCCGGCGGGACAGCCCCAGAGCCUCCUCUCCCAACCAAGCCACCCAACAAGAAAAAUCCAGAACAUCUUGUGCCCAACAGGACAACCCCAGAGCCUCCUCUCCCAACCGAGCCACCCAGCAGGACAAGCCCAGAACUUCUUGUAUUCAGCAGAACACCUCUAGAACCUCUUCUACCCAACGGGCUAACCCUAAAACCUCUCGUACCCAAUGGGAUAACCUCAGAACCUCUUUUACCCAGCGGGACAACCUGCAAUCCUCUUCCUUUCGGCGGGACGACCCUGGAAGCUCCUUCCCUCGGUGCUGCACCCCAAAGGACAAUCCUGGACUGUCCCCUCCCCAUCGCCCUGCUCAACGGCACAACUCCAGGAAUUCUUCACCCCACCGGACUAACAAGGACAUCCCCUGGGCCUCCUUUCCCCUCCGGCCGACCCCGAGUGAUGGCCCCCGAACCUCUUCCCCAUCUCGCUCCAAGCGAAGUGAGGCUCCCUGGGCAUCCAUUGCCCUCCGGCCAACCCAAGGUGACAGGCCUCAGACCUCAUCUCCCCCCAGACCAGCCCAGCGGGACCCACCCCAGUCCUCCUCUGGUCCUACCCAGCACAACUUCCCAUCCCGGGCCACUGCUCCCUCCCAUGGCCCGGGCCACCGCGGUGCCUCCCGGACUUCCUCGCCUCUGCACCCCACUACCUGUGGGGUACCCCAGACCUCUUCUGAGCCCUCCCAGCCUCCAUGUGCUGUGUGCAUCGGGCACCGGGAUGCCCCUCGGGCCUCUUCACCUCCUCGCUAUUUGCAACAUGACCCGUUCCCCUUCUUCCCAGAACCCCAUGCAUCUGAGAGUGAGUCGCCCCACUACGACCCACCCUGUGUGCCCCCAGCCGUGUGCAUUGGACACCGGGAUGCCCCCUGGGCUUCCUCACCCCCCCGCCACACCCAGAUCAACCCCUUCCCCUUCCUCCCAGACACUUCAGAUGCUGAGAUCCAGUCCCCCCAGCAUGACCCUCCUCAGUUCCCCCCACCUGUGUGUAUCGGGUACCGCGAUGCACCCCGGGCCUCGUCCCCACCACGCCAGGCCCCAGAGCCCUCCCUCUUGUUCCAGGAUCUGCCCAGGGCCAGCACCGAGAGCCUUGUCCCCUCCACUGACUCUCUGCAUGAAGCCCCCAACAUCCCCACCCCUGUGUGCAUAGGGCACCGGGAUGCCCCCUCCUUCUCGUCCCCACCACGCCAGGCCCCCGAGCCUUCCCUCUUCUUCCAGGACCCCCCUGGGACUAGUAUGGAGAGCCUGGCCCCUUCCACUGACUCUCUGCAUGGCUCCCCAGUGCUGCCCCCACAAGUGUGCAUCGGGCACCGAGAUGCACCUCGAGCAUCCUCCCCACCCCGCCACCCACCCAGCGACCUGGCACUCCUGACACCCUCACCUCGGCCAGGCAGCUCUGGGGGCUCCCGGGGCUCAGCGCCCCCUGGGGAGACCAGGCACAACUUGGAGAGGGAGGAGUACACCGUGCUGGCCGACCUGCCCCCGCCCAGGAGGCUGGCCCAGAGGGAUCCAGGGCCCCAAUGCAGCAACGGGGGCCGCACCCGCAGCCCUGGCCGCGCAGAGGUGGAGCGCCUCUUCGGGCAAGAGCACAGGAAGUCCGAGGCACCAGGGGCCUUCCAGGCCCGGCACGAGGGGCGGUCGCAGCGGCCCGACCAAGGUCAGAGCCAACUUCUCCGAAGACAGUCCAGCCCUGCCCUCAGCAGGGAGGUAACCAAGCCCCUUGCGAACCAGGCAGAACCAGCCCGGCGGAGCCGAGCAGAGCUCCCUCAUCCCAGGAGCCCCGAGAGGCGGCCUGAGGGGGACCGGCGGCUCCAGGGGUCCUCGCUGCCCCCAAGGACAUCAGCCAGGACCCCUGAGAGGGAGCGGCGCACAGAGAGACCUCUGGAGAGUGGCCGGGCAGGCCAAAGACAGCCUCUGGUGGGGUGGCAGAGUCAGGAGGGGCUGCCAGGACCCCGGGGCCCUCACAGACACCUGGAGACAGGCUGGAGCAGCCAGGAGGACCUAGGCCUGGGGGGCUGGCAAGGACCUGGGGAUCCCAGCUGGGGAGCUGCCAGAGCCCCUGAGGGAACAAGGAGGGGCCCUCCCAGGGAGUCUGAGGAGAGCUGGGGGCAGCUGGGUGGCCCCACCUGCCACAGGCGGCAAUUAGAGGCCUGGGAGGAGCCCCCCGACAAGCCAGCUCAGAGGGGCUGGGGCAUUCUGCAGGAGCUGUCCAGUGCCCACCAGCCUCUGAGCCCCCCAGAGAACUCCAGGGUGGGCCAAGCAGAGUUCUCAAAAUCCCAGCGGCCUGAGACACCCACCGCCGCGGGCUGGGGGGCCGAGGGAGCAUGCCCACACCUGCACGGCCCUGAGAGGCCACCUGCGCUUGACUGGAGGGACCUGGCGGGCCUUCUCAGGGCGCCCAGAGAGGAGGCCUGGGCCCAUACGGAGGAGCCCACGCUCACUUCCCAUCUUCCAAGUCUGGAUUGGGAAGGCCUCCUGGAGCUCCUGCAGGCCCAGCUGUCCCGAAAGGACCCAGCUGGACACUGGGGUGGCCUGGUCACAGCUUUGGGGCCAGAGCUGGGUUCCCCGGGCACAAAGGGUGCCCUGGAGCGAGAGCAACACAGCCAACCUGAAGGCUGGGCCGAGGCCACCCUAGUCAAUGGACACAGCCCUGGGCGGUGGCCUCAGAGUCUGCCCCAACCGCCUGGCCCUGCCUGCACCUCCACCCAGUGGCCAAAGACCAAAGUGACGAGUGGACCAGAGACCUCGACUACAGCUGGUCUGGAGGAGAUGGGCCAGCCGGGGAGCAGGAGCCCUGCAGAGGGCCCCAGCUUGCCGCCGUGGGAGUUCCAAUCAGAGACGCCUGAAGAGUCAGAACCAAGCAGAGGGCAAGACUCACUGAUUGACAAGAAGCAGGCAGACUCGGCAGACAAGAGGCCAGCGGAGGGCAAGGCGGGGAGCCCACUCAAGGGCCGACUGGUGACCUCAUGGAGGAUGCCCGGGGACCGUCCCACGCUGUUCAAUCCGUUCCUGCUGUCUCUGGGGGUCCUCAGGUGGCAAAGGGUAGGCUGGCUGCAGUGGGGUGGGAGGGGGCAGGGCUGGGCUGUCGUCAGCUUUCAGGGUGAGAGGUGA